AUGGUUGAAUUACCUGUAUUUGAGGAGCGCUUCAGAUGUAUCGACAUGACUAAUCGAGCCAAGCCUACAAGGAACUUAUAUAUGCAAGGUCGGCUAAAGCGUAAAGCUUCUAAAGCCACUGCUGCCCAAAAUUUCCUGGCAUAUAAUUUAAAGGAAGCGUACAGGGAAAGACAAAACAUGUGUGUUGUUUCUGAUACGAAUCCAAGCAUCAUAAAGGCUGUUAGCGAUGUGUACAACGAUGUUCCACAUUAUGCAUUUUACCGAGGCUGGACUUUGAUUUCAAACAUUGUGGAGUCAAUAAAUGGAGUACUUGUAUCAGCUAGAGAACUGCCAAUUUAUGACUUUCUUGAGGAGGUUCGAUUAUUAUUUGCAAAAUGGAACUGCAAAAAUAGGCAACAGGCUUCAUAUACCUUCACACCACUCAUUGAAAAGUUUAAUGACAUACUCAAAGAGAACGAGGCUUUGUGUACUCAUAUGACGGUUGUACCAGCCAUAGAAUAUGUGUAUACGGUACACGACAAACAAAAAUACUUCAUUGUUUGCCUCAAGGAAAAAAAUCUCAUGAAUGCAUUUCAACUAGAUCAGAUACCAUGUGCACAUGCUUGUGCGGUGUUGGAGAAGAAGAAUUUUGAGAAGGGGCCAUACUGUUGUGAUUUGUUUAAACCAAAAACUGUUUCGAAGACAUAUGAUAUUCCCAUCUACCCGUUGCCACACAAAGAUGACUGGCUAAUUCCAGAGAGCGUACUUGGUGAAAUUGUACUGCCUCCAAAAUACGAAAGACCUCUAGGAAGACCUGCAAAGAAGGAUUGUGGAAAAUCAGGUCGGGAUAUGUUUAGAAAGAAGAACAUCAACUCAUGUGAUGUUUGUGGGGCUAAGGUUCACAAUAGGCGUUCUUGUAGGAAAUAUCGAAAAUGA